UCUCAACAGAAAAAAAAAGAAGAAAAGAAAGGAAAAGAAGCAGUCACACACACAUAGCAGCAGCAACGAUAUCCAAAGCUAGCAGCUCAUCAACAAACUCUAGAGCAAGAGCAACUGAGCAAUAAGGAGGCUUGCCAUCCAGACACCAACCAUGUCGACGUCCAUGUUCACGCCCACGACGACGAAGGCCAUGGCGCCGGAGCCGGCAAAGGCCCCCGCCGCGGCACGGCAAUGCUGCUACCUCCUUUCCACCAACCCCGGCCGCCGCGUCAGCGUGGCGUCGGCGAAGAAGAAGAACCCGUGGCUGGACCCGUUCGACGAUGGGCCCGACGAGGAGUUCGACUACCAGGGCGUGUUCUCCGGCGGGAAGCAGGAGGAGGACCCGCGGCCUCCGGAGAACCCGGCGAACCCGUACGGGUUCCUUCGGUUCCCGCAGGGUUACAACCCGGAGCUGGACAGCCUCGCCUCCAAGGUCCGCGGCGACGUGCGGCGCGCGUGCUGCGUCGUGUCCGGGGGAGUGUACGAGAACGUGCUCUUCUUCCCCGUCGUGCAGCUGCUCAAGGACCGGUACCCUGGCGUGCUGGUGGACGUGGUGGCGUCGGCGAGGGGCAAGCAGGUCUACGAGAUGUGCAAGAAUGUGAGGUACGCCAACGUCUACGACCCCGACGACGACUGGCCGGAGCCCGCGGAGUACACCCACCAGCUCGGCGUGCUCAAGAAUAGGUACUACGAUCUGAUCUUGUCAACGAGGCUGGCCGGGAUCGGGCACGCGCUCUUCCUCUUCAUGUCGUCGGCACGCGACAAGGUGGGCUACGUGUACCCCAACGUCAACAGUGCCGGCGCAGGGCUGUUCCUCAACGAGAUGUUCAAGCCGCCGACCACCAACCUCGCCGACGGCGGGUACAACAUGUACAAUGACAUGCUGGAGUGGAUCGCCCGGCCGGCGAAGGACGUGCCCCGGCAGCCGACACCGCCUCUGCGGGUGUCCAUUUCCAAGAAGCUGCGGGCAUACGUGGAGGACAAGUACAACCGCGCGGGCGUCCAGAAGGGCAAGUACGUCGUCGUCCACGGCAUCGCCUCGGACUCCGUCGCUAACAUGAAGUCCAGGGGCGACGACGACUGCCUCCUCCCGCUCGAACACUGGGCACAGAUAGCCAAGGAGAUCAGCAGCUCUGAUGACAAGGGGCUGAAGCCUCUGUUCGUGAUCCCUCACGAGAAGCACAGAGAAGAGAUUGAGGAGAUAGUGGGGGAGGACACCAACAUCCUGUUCAUCACCACCCCAGGCCAGCUCACCUGCCUCAUCAACGACUCCGCCGGUGUCGUCGCAACCAACACCGCCGCCGUGCAGCUCGCCAACGCACGCGACAAGCCAUGUGUGGCGUUGUUCUCCUCGACGGAGAAGGUGAGGCUAUUCCUGCCGUACGUGGAGGACAAGAGCAACUUCACCGUCGUCGCGUCGGCGACGGGGAAGCUGAUCGACGUCGACAUCGAGGCCGUGAAGAAGGCGGUAAAGAACUUCGAGCCGGCUCCCAGCUUUGCACUGGCGCAGAAGUAGAAGACAAGAUCGUCUCCAUUGCUUUGGAUAUAGAUUUACUGAGAAUUUAUAGCUCAAGAGCUCUCAGUGGUAUUUCAAUUCACAAUGCAUGCUUUACUCGAU